AAACUUCAGAUUUAUAACAGAUCAAGACGGAUAAAUAUCAACACCCAGUGUCCAACGUUCGAUCGCAAAUUGAAGACCACCAUUAACAAUGCCACAAGUGAAGAGACAACUGAACUACAACAUCAACGACGCAUCAGCAGAGCAAUACAACAACCAGCAUGCUCUCCAGACGAUAGGGAUGAGAAUACGUAAAGCGGUUAGUGAAGGGUACCAAGUUGGUGACAACAUGUACAGUGCCAGUCGCAACACCCAAGAGUCGGAGUAUUCAAACACUGUCAAUAUUGAGCGUGUUCCUCUCCCAGGAAACGUUGUUGUCCCACCAAUGUUGAGCAAUGCCACAUCAUCCGCCUUCGGAUCAAGUUUCCAAGAGUGGGAAAACAACCUGGAUAACAGGCUCAAGACCAUCGACAACAUACUGAUGAACAACAAGGAGAGUCUAAGCAAAAGAAGAUUUGACUCCGUGGAUAGCGACUGGUGAUCGUCUCCGCCACUCUGGGCUCCCCCCCUGGCGAGCAAAGGGGCACAGUACCAGGCCCACACAUUUUAGUCAUUAUUUUUUCAUUUUUUUUAUUAUUAUAUACAAGUCCACCAG